AUGAGAUCCUCGGAGAUCAGGCCUAUUGAUUUCUGUAAUGUGACGGUCGUGUAUACGCAUCCCGGACUCGGUGAUAGUAUACGUAUCAAUGUAUGGCUUCCUUUGGAGGAGACGGAGUGGUCUGGCAGAUUUUUGGGUCAGGGUGGUGGUGGUUGGUGCGCUGGUAACGAGGGUGCUCUGGCUGCGGGAGUAUCAAUAGGUUUUGCGAGUGCAAACACGGAUUCUGGGCAUACUUUCUUUGGCGAUUUCGGAUUUCGCUCUUUGAACUCGUCGGAAUGGGGUCUGAUCAGUCCUGGAAAUGUGAACUUGCAUCUGCUUCAGAACUUCGGUUAUAGAUCUCUGGAUGAAAUGACGCAGAUUUCGAAAGCUAUCACCGAGCAUUACUACGACAAGACGAUUACGAGAGCGUACUGGAAUGGAUGCAGUACUGGUGGCCGACAAGGCCUUGUCCUUGCACAGCGAUAUCCGAAGCUUUAUGAUGGCAUCCUAGCAGCUGCUCCAGCGAUCAAUUGGGUCACUUUCUUAGUUACCGAGCAUUAUGCUCAUGUCAAGAUGCACGAACUCAAUUACGUCCCACCACCUUGCGAAUUCAAUGCAAUCACAGCCGCAGCGGUGCAAGCCUGUGACAAACUCGACGGCAUCGAAGACAACAUCAUCUCUGCCCCCGACCUCUGCAACUUCCAAGCAAGCUCCGUAAUCGGCAAAAAAUUCACCUGCGGCAAAGAACAACGCAAAAUCUCCAAAAACGCCGCAGAAAUCGCCCAAGCAGUCUGGACAGGUCCCAUCCGCAAAGGAAAACCAAUCUGGUACGGUCUCAACCCGGAAGUCCAACUGAUGGGCUACGAACCCCUCUUCACCGGCCUCGCCAACACAAAAUGCGACAAAACCAACAAAAACUGCAAAAGCGCCCCCUUCCCCAUUUCCGCCGACUACCUCAAAACCUGGCUAAUAAAAGACCAAACCUACGACAUCACCACCAUCGACGAAGCAGGUUUCGACCAACUCCUGAAAAUCUCUCGCCAAGAAUACCAUUCCCUCAUCGACUCCGCAGAUCCAGAUCUCCACGAAUUCAAAGACUCCGGUGGGAAACUCUUGACCUGGCAUGGUUUAACCGACCAACUCAUCCCUCCAGGUGGAACGAAAGAUUACUACGAACGCGUCAAAGCCGAAGUCCCAGAUAUCGAUUCUUUUUUUCGACACUUUGAAGCGCCCGGGGUGGCGCACUGUUUCGGUGGGCGGGGGGCUAUGCCCAUUUUGGCGAUGAAUUCUUUGGUGCAUUGGGUUGAGGGAGGCGUGGCGCCGGAAUUUCUCGAUGGGCAGAGUUUGCCGAUGCCUGGUGCGCCUAUGGAGAGUUUUAGGAAUUUUACGAGGCCGAUUUGUAGGUAUCCGAAACAUGCGGUGUACAAAGGUGGGGAUGUGAUGUUUGCGGGUUCGUUUAGGUGUGAGGAGGAUUUUGGGGGGUUGGAUCAGGGGGGACGGGAUGAGUUGUGA